AUGGUCACGGGUGGGCAGCGAAGCGUCAUAUUCUUCACAACAUAUCGUUUUGUCUUGCCUCCCUCGGAGAAGAUGGAUCAUCGGUGUGAACCAGACGCUCUCCUCCAGGAGGCUUACGACUUGGUCACUUUCAAUCAGCUCAGCGACCUUUCAGCUGCCCAGUUAUCCAUUGUCAAGCAGGCUGCAAAGGCGGUCAUGCGAUGUAUGGGUAAUCAAGGCCUCUCGGAGAGAGAAUACGAUGUUCUCACGGUCUACAACGACACCGUUGAAUCAGCAACUGAGCGAUAUCGCCUCCUUAAAGGUCAAGCAAAGCAGAUCGCGCACCAUCGUGACACCAGAGAAAUCACUUUCUCCGAUCGUCAGAUCAUUAGUCUUGCCGCCGCCGCUAUUGCCGAAACUACCAGCGAGGCUAGGGAAAGCCUCAACGAAGAUUCUCUGGAUCAAGACGAACUAGACAUAAUCACUGCGGAUCACCGGCUCAAUAGUGACGAACCACUCUUCCCUAAUCAUGCGUCGGGGGCCCCCUUCUUCGCAACGACCAAGAUGCCCAGUGAGCCACAUGACCACCAUCCGCGCCCGUAUGCCCCUCGGCCUCGAUUCCGUGCCGAAAGCGUUGUUUCGCACGCUGAAUCAAUUUUGGAAAGUAUCGACGCCAUCACGGAUUUCACAAACGUGUCCUCGCUCUCCGUUUCGCGUAUCUCGGCUAAGGAAGCGGCAAAGACCCGAUCCUAUAUAUACGCUCACCCGGACAAGUUCGAAAAGCAGAAAAGAGAACCGGAAUCGAGGCGAAAAAACAAGGGAGUGCCUCGACUCCCGGAGCUUCCUCAAAUUCCAGGGUACAGAGACCUCGACGAGAGCCUAUUUCCGGACACCGUUGCUGACCUGGAUACGGAGAUUGAAGCCGCCCUGCAGGAUCUUGCGGAUUUACUAGAGUACUUGGUCAGGCUGGAUGGGAUGGUUUGGAGGAUGAAGAAGAAGCGGGAUGUACUGAGCGAUGGGCGAGAAUAG